CUAAACUAUACUAUACUACACUACACUACACUAUAUUUAUAAUAGUGGUCAUUAAGUGUUACUGAUCUGAAAUUUAAGAUGGGAGCGAAAUUAUCCUUAUUAGCACCAUCAGCUCAGACUGUAGCCAUCUCAUCAUAUGUUGAUGUAUUAGAUAAAUUUCGAUUUGUGGAGUUAUUAAGUAAUUCAAGAUUCUUAAAGACUAUAAAGGCAAUUGAUACCAGUACGGGGAAUUAUGUUAUAAUUAAAUUAUUAAUUAAACCUACUGAUGGUUAUAAUUUAAAACUUGAUGAUAUUAUUGGAUUAGAAGCUAAACAAUCAUCAUUAUUAUCACAAUUUAAUAAUGUAUUACCAUGGCAUAAAAUUAUUGAAACUGAUAGAGCAGGAUAUUUAAUACGACAACAUUUAAAGACAAAUUUAUAUGAUCGACUUUCACUUCGACCUUUCUUAUUACCCAUUGAAAAAUCCUUUUUAAUAUUUCAAAUGCUUAAAAUAGUUGCAGAAAUUCAUUCACUUAAUAUUUAUCAUGGAGAUAUAAAAUUAGAAAAUUUCUUAGUAACUUCAUGGAAUUGGUUAAUGUUAGUAGAUUUUGCUAAUUAUAUUAAACCAACAUAUAUUCAAGAAGAUAAUCCAAAUCAAUUUUCAUUUUAUUAUGAUACUUCUGGUAGAAGAGUAUGUUAUAUAGCUCCAGAAAGAUUUUAUUUAUCACAAGAUUCAAAUAAAAUCAUACAAAAUGUUGAUGAUGAUGGUCAAUAUAAUGGAGAAAAAUUAACUCCUGAAAUGGAUUUAUUUAGUUUGGGUUGUGUAAUAGCUGAAGUUUAUUCAGAUGGUGAACCAACGUUUACUUUAUCACAAUUAUAUAAAUUUAUGAAAAAUGAAUUUACUCCAGAUUUAUCAUCUAUUCAAGAUGAAAAUAUUAAACAAUUGGUUCAACAACUUAUACAAAUUGAUCCUAAUAAACGACCUCUGGCUAAAGAAAUUUUAAUAUCUUAUAAAGAUAAAUGUUUCCCAUCAUAUUUUUACGAUUUUUUAUAUGAUUUCCUUGGUGAAUUAAAUAAUAAUGAUCCUACAUUAAAUACUCAUAAUUUUUCAGCUAGUGAUUUUAAAAUUGAUCAUAUUUAUAAUAGUUAUGCUAAAUUAUCUGAUGCAUUUGGUUUUUAUUAUAUUAAUAAUAGUACUGGAACUAUUAAUUCUGAUUCAACAAUUUCAUUAAAUUUAAAUUUACCUGGAAUGCCUCUUAAUUAUAAUAUAAAACCUAAAAUAGGUCAUUUAACAGAUCAAGCUGCAUUAAUAAUGUUAGAUAUAGUUUUUUCAUUAUUAAGAUCAGUUAAAAGAGUAUCAUCUAAAUUAAAAGCAUGUGAAUUGAUAGUGGCACUUUCAGAAAGGAUUAAUGAUGAAGAAAAAUUAGAUCGAUCAUUACCUUAUUUAAUGUCAUUAUUAGAUGUUGUAGGUGAAAGAUCAAAUUGGCAAAAUAAUUCAAGAUAUUCUGAAAAUAUUGUUUCUGGUCCAGUUAUUAAUAAAGUUUUAAGUGGUAUUACAACUUUAUUAAAUUCAUGUUUAUAUAUUACACCUAUUAAUGUUUUAAUGUUUCAAGAAUAUUUAUUACCUCGAUUAACAUCAUUAUAUUCUAUAAGUUUAUCCCUGACAGAAAGUGAUCUUAUAAAAAUUAGUAUUGCUAGAAAUUUACCAUAUUUAGCUCGAAUAUCUAAAAAGUUUUUAAUGAUGUCAAAGACAUUUAAAAGUGAUACAUUUAAAGGAAUUUCAAGUAAAUUAGGAUCAAUUUCAUUAACUUCUGAUUAUAAUCCUGAUUUAAAUUCAUUUAAUGUACCAAAGGAUGAAUUAGAUCUUCGAUUUAAAGAUUUAACUUUAAAAAUUUUAAUUGAUAAAAAUCCUGAAGUAAGAAUUAGUUUAAUUAAUAAUAUUUUACCACUUUGUCAAUAUUUUGGUGUUGAUAAAACUAAUGAUAUAAUAUUACCUCAUUUAAUUAGUUAUUUAAAUGAUUCAAAUUAUAGAAUUAGAUUAUCAUUUUUAUCAUCAGUAUUAAAAAUUGCUCCAUUUGUUGGAGUAUUAUCAUUUGAACAAUAUAUUUUACCAUUACUUAUUCAAACUUUAGGAGAUCCUGAACCAUUUGUUGUAAUGAAAGUAUUAGAAAUUUUUAAUGAAUUUGUUAAGAAUAAAUUAAUUAAUCCUAAUAAAGAAUUUAAUGUUCUGGCAAUUUAUAAAGAAUUAUUAACAAAUUGUACUAAUUUACUUUUAUUACCUAAUGAAUGGAUAAGACAAGGAGUUUUAACAUUAAUUGUUUCAAUUGGAGAAAAUUUAACUGAUGCUGAUCGUUAUUGUUUUCUUUAUCCAGUUAUAAAGGAAUUCUUAUCUUAUGAUCCACCAGAUGUUAGUUGGGAAACACUUUAUGUAUGUUUAACUAAACCAUUAUCAAGACAAAUUUAUGAACUUGCAAUAAAAUGGUCAUUAAAUCAAUCUAAAAUGUCAUUAUUUUGGAAACUGAAGAAUUUCUCUGCUAUUAAUGUUGGAAUAAAUUCUCCUAAGAAGAAAUUAAUUUCAUUUUCAAAAAAUAUGGGUAAAUCAGUUUAUUUACCUAAAUUAAAUAAUGGAUUUAAUACUACAUUAACAAAUGGUGAAAAACCUUCAUUACCAUUAUCAGCUGAUGAUAAACAAUGGGUUAUUAAAUUAAAAUCAAUUGGUUUAGAUGAUAAAGAUCUUUUAAAAUUAUUUAUUCUACGAGAUUAUAUAUCUCAUAUUAGUAGAACUCCUAAAUUAUUAAUUGAUGAACCAAGUAAAAAUAAUGAUCAAUUAUUUUAUCAAUUACAAGAUGAAGUAUCUUUAAAACCUCGAAAUAUAUUUUUUCAAAUAAGUUAUGAAUCAGAACCAUUAAUUUCCGGUUCAAAAAUUAUUCAAUCUAAUGUUGAUGCAUCUUCUUUACCAGGAGAUAGUGUAUCUUUAAAAGAUUUUGAAUCGAGAAGAGGUUCUAAUUCUCUUAUACUUCCUAAUCUUAAUAAAGUAAAAGCUUCAGUACAAACUAUUGAAGCAAAUGUAUUAGGUGAAUUAGAAUUUAGUUAUGAUGGUGUUAAUCAUGAUUCAUUCCGAACAAUCCCUAAAAGACAAUCUAGUAAUCAUUUAUCAACUCAUAAAGUAUUUGCUAGUAAUAAUUCUAAAAUUGUUACGGCUAAUUUUAGUCAUGAUUAUAGGGGUGAUAAUCCAUUUAUUUUAAGUUAUUUAAGUGAUGUUGAUUUAGAUCCUGCUUUAAAUGAUUUUCCUGAAUUUGGUAGUUUUGUUAAAAGUUCUAAAAGUACCAUGACUACAAUUAAAGAGAAAGAAUCUUAUUUUAAACCAACGGGAGUUUUACUUUCACAUAUUACUCAAGAAGAAGAUGAUGGAAUAACUUGUGUUAUAUCUAGUCCAACAGGAGAAUUCAUUAUAACUGGAUCAGAAAAGGGUAAUUUAAGAGUUUGGGAUAGUUCUAAAUUAAAGGAUAUGAUGUCUCUUAAAAAGAGUCCUAGCUUAAAUUUAAAUUUAAAUUCUAGUAUUACUUCAAUUGAUUUUAUUCCUGAUAGAUUUGUAUUUGCUGCUUCAACAAUUGAUGGUUUAAUUAGAAUCUUUAGAAUAAAUGUUCUUCGAAAUAAUAAGAAAAUUACGAGAUAUUUAGAUAUUGUUGUUAUUAGAAAAUAUGAAUUAGAACAUCUUGUGUUUGCAACAAGUCUUCAAUUUUAUAUUUCAGAUAAACAAAAUACUUUAUUUAUUACUACUUCAAAUUCUAAAAUCAUUGCUAUGGAUAUUAUUAAAAUGUCAGUAUUAUUUGAACUUCAAAAUCCUCAAAUUCAUGGUGGUAUUAAUACAUUUAUAAUCGGAGAUAAAAUGAGUUGGGCAUUAUUAGGUACAAAUACUGGUAUUUUAUGCCUUUGGGAUUUAAGAUUUAGACUUUUAAUAAAAAGUUGGAAAGUUUUAUUAGAUAAUAGUCCUACAGCUGCUAUUAAGAAAUUAAUGAUAUUUCCAGGAGAUUAUAAAUUACCAACAGGAAAUAUUAUAAAAGAUGCAGUUAUAAUGAUUGGAGGUAGUGAAUCUCCAGAUAUUUCAAUUUGGAGUAUACCUGAAUUUGAAUGUAAACAAAUUCUUCGAACUUCAUAUCCAGAAAAUCGAGCUUUUGGUCAAAAGUAUAGUCUUAAAGAAGUUAGUAAUUCUUUAAAAGAUUAUAAUAUUGAUUAUAUUUUAAAGGAUGUAUCAUUAAAUUUAGAUGAUGUUUAUAUUGAUGAUAAAAGUUAUAUUGGUGAUUUAAGUACUACAUCUUUAAAAUAUUAUCCAUCUGAGAAUUGUUUCUUAUCUACUACUUGGGAUAAAAGAAUUAUUAUUUGGAAUCUUAAUAAUAUAAUUGAAUCACAAGCUAUUGGUAAAAAUACUGAAACUUUAUUUGUCCUUAAUUCAUCAAUGGUAAGUGAAGUUUAUCGAGGUAAAACUUCUAUUAAAAAUUUAACUGAUAAAUCUCAUGGUUAUAAUUUAAAAUCAAUUACUUCUUUACAAUUAGAUAGUAUAUCUAAUCAUCAAGAUAUGAUUACUGGAGCAGAGAUUGUUAGUAUCCCAUUUGAAAUGAUAAUUUCUGUUGAUCGAAUUGGUACAAUAAAUGUAUAUAAAUAGACAUUACAGUACUCUACAACAAGAGAGUAUUAUUUAUAAUAUAUAGGAAUAUAUAAUAUAGAUGCAUAAAUAAUAUUAAAAGAGGGA